ACAUGGCGCCGUAGGGACGUUGUUAUUGUCCUAGCACUCAUUCAAGCUUUGUUAUAUAGCCCACGAAUGAGCGGAAACGGCCCGAUGAGAUUGGCGGGGGCAUGAGAGGAGUAUCUGGGGAUAAUGCUGAGAUCAACCGGCUUCUUCCGUGGGCUCGACUGUCCAUUUUACACGGAACACACUGAGGGCAAAGGCAGCGGCAAUGGGUGCAACAGACCCUACUGUCACUUCAGGCACAGACGGCAGACCUACGGAGCUGCAGUCGAAACUAAAAAGCUCCACGCCGCCCAAAAAGAACAAGGUUAUGACCCCUUCAAACCAGAAGUUGUGAGGCCUCAAGAACAUCAGAAUGGAACAUCACCUCCCUCAGGAGACAUCACCGGUGCUCUGGAGAUUGUCAACAAGGCUAUCGAGGAGGUCCGCAAUGAAGUGGAAAGGGAGAAGAAGAAGUUGUCUCGGAUUGGGGACGAACCGUAUUGUCCCAUUGGAAGAACAAGUGUGUCUUCCUCUGAUGGUGUUAAAGGUCAAGCAGCAGUGAAACACCUGGCCUAUGAUCCUGGCAGUUAUCAAAUGACGUCAGGAGGAUAUAACCCCACCCCCAGUUGCAGCAAGUACACUUUGGAUUCAGACAGUCGGGGAAGCAAUAGCAAUUGCAUGGAGUAUGUGCCCACUUCAUUAAAAAAGAAUCCAUCUCGAAUACACACACAAAGAGUCCCCACUCCUCCCCCAAGUCCAAAGUACUCAACCACAACAUCUUCCUCAACGUGUAAAUACACUGUGGAUACUUCGAGGCCAUCUACAGACAUGGAAUAUGACCCACUCUCCAACUACUCUGCAGGGAUAGCAGUAAAGCGCAAGUGGGAUGGCAGCAUGUGCAAUAUUAGUGAGGAGGUUAAAAAGACACAUAGACUCCCUAUAUCAGAUGAUGCCGUUGUCCCAUUUGCGAGAAAAGUAGAGCAGCAGCGUGUGGACACAAACAAGUACACAUUCUCUGACUCUGACGGGGAGAGCUCUGGAACCGAGUACAGACCCACUUCGCUUAGUAGUCUCCAGCAGAGAAAAGCCAACAGUGUAACAAAAGUUGGAGACAAUGUGGAGAAGGAGAGGAAAGAAAGAGCUAAGGCUACUCUACAAGCACUGCCACAGAGUAAUAAGGAGGACUUAGAGACACGGGAACAUUUACAGCAAAAGAUCGGUCAAGAGAAAAAGAAAGUAAAAAUUGACAAGUCUGAGAAGGCAAAAGUAGGCCAAACAUCUCUUAUCAGAAAAAGUAUCAAGGAAAAGGGGAAAGAGUUACUCAAGAAGUCUCACCAGGACUCUACAAAAAAGGAAAACAAAAGUCAUGGGAAGAACGAUGAUAGAAAGAACACUGUUAAGGUUAAGACUACGGAUAAAGUUAAUAAAGAGCACAAGAGAGGUGAUAGAAAGAUUAAUUCAAAAACAAACUCCAGCGAACGACAUAAGGACACAGAGAUCCAUGCAGAAGAAAGCAGGAAGUCCAAGACUUCAGACAAGGAGCAAAGCAAGCAGAAGGAGGGGAAACAUAAAAACGGUCAACUGGAUGUUAGUAAAAGAGACAAGGAUGGAAAGAAACUUAACAAAAGAAGCUCAACUAGCACCAGCGCUACGAGCAAAGUUAGUUCCGCCAUCAGCAAAGGUAAAACGAAACACGGCAUCGGCCCUAAAAGCAUGAAAAGCCUGGAGCAGAAACAAAGAACUCUGAGUCUGAGUCACGCUGACCUUUUUGGGGACGAGAGCGCAGAGGAGGCAGAACCGAUUGUGGUGGAUGAUAGCGAUGACGAGCUGGAAGAAGUACCUGUGAGGAAAUGUGCUGACGCUCUGAAGAGGGGAGGACUAAAUAAGAGGAAAGCCUCAGAGCUGACUCUGUCUUCCUCUGAGGAUGACGAUGAUAGAGCUGCGGAGGGGAGAGGCAUAGAUAAAGACGCCACAUUGGACCUGUCAAUUUUCCAGGAUGAGUUGAACUUCGACACAGAUCCCAUGGAGGAGUGUUUGCGGAUCUUCAAUGAAUCGAAGGAUGUCAAGAAGGAAAACAAGGGAAGGCAAGCUAAGCAGCCCUCCAGAGAUUCAGAGGAUGAUAACACUGAGAGCACUUUAACCACUCUCUUCCCUGGUCAGAAGAAGAGAGUCUCACACUUUGUUGCCAAAGGAAAUACCGAUGUACCUUCAAAGAAUGUGGUCCGGCCAUACAGAAGACCCACAGCUCAGGAGGUUUGCUAUCAGCGCAUGCAGAUGGCGCAGCAGCAAGGUGCUCAGCUUGCUGCUUCAGUCAAAACACCGUCACAGAGCACACCUAGCCCCAGCUCGUCAGGAGAAAGGAAGAGGAUUGCACACCGUCCCAACCCAUUGACCAUAUCCUCAAAGACAAGUUCUUCAGAUAAUAAACCAGCUGGUAGCCUGCCUGUUAGGACCCAAACCACUGCUGGUAUCUUAUCAAAGACCACGUCCACCGUUGCACAUAAACGAGUGGCUCACACACCCACCAUGAAGAGUUCUUCGAUGAAGCGUCCCAUCAUCCCCAUUGAAUUUGGGACUAAAAUCCCGACUAUUAUUCGCCAACGCUACCUCAACAUUUUCAUAGACGAGUGCAUCAAAUUCUGCCCUUCGGAGGAUGUUGCCUUCCAGAUGGGCCUUGAUGAGGAAAAGCUGGUGUAUGAGCGCAGUAACACCAAGAAAAUCUAUCUCAAUGUAGCCGUCAACACGCUCAAAAAGCUCCGCAACAAGAGCACCUUCAGCUUCUCGCCUGUCAUCAAGGAGGCUGCUUUGCCUCCUUCCCGGAAAGCACAGUCGCAUGAAGAAGUUCUUGGAGGCCGUCUUGCAGCUACGACCAGUUUUACUGUCAAUAGGAUGGGCAAACAGCUAGAAGAGAAACUCAAUGGAGCUGCACUUUAUAAGAAGCUGAAGGCAUACCUGAUGACAGAGGAGCAGCUGCAAGAGCAUGGAUAUCCUCGAAUUAACCCCAACGCUGUAGGGAAGGCUGUUAUAUACAACCUCCCAGAGAAGAAAGUCAUCAUGGACCCAUUCACUAAGAUAUGCUGCAGAUGCGGUGCUGAGUAUAAAGUCAACGUUAAGGGUAACUGUCUCCGCAAAGAGGAAUGUGCUUUUCACUGGGGACGUUUGCGCAGGCAGAAAGUGGCUGGAAGCUGGGAGACCAUGUAUAGCUGCUGCUUAGGGGCUGUGGGCUCUCCAGGCUGCCAAAUGGCCCAGCAACAUGUUCAAGAUGGACGUAAAGAGUCAUUAGAUGGCUUUGUCACAACUUUCAGCAAAGCUCUCCCACUAGAUGGCAGUGGAGGAGUGUUUGCUUUGGAUUGUGAGAUGUGUUACACCAAACAAGGCCUGGAGCUGACGCGAGUAACGGUCAUAAACUCAGACUUAAAAGUUAUCUACGACACAUUUGUUAAACCUGAGAGCAAAGUGGUUGACUUCAACACACGAUUUUCCGGUGUGACCGCAGAAGACUUGGAUGGUGCCACCAUCACCUUGAGAGAUGUUCAGGCCGUACUGCUCAGUAUGUUCAGUAGUGAGUCCAUCCUGGUAGGACACAGCCUGGAGAGUGACCUCCAGGCUCUCAAGCUCAUUCACAGUUCAGUGGUAGACACAGCCAUCGUUUUCCCUCACCGACUUGGUUUACCCUACAAACGUGCCUUGAGGAACUUGAUGGCCGACUACCUCAAACGCAUCAUCCAGGACAGCGUUGAUGGCCACGACUCAAGCGAAGAUGCCUCCGCCUGCAUGGAACUGAUGAUAUGGAAGCUGAAGGAGGAUGCAAAGGUCAAGAGAUGACCUCACGCCACCCCUUCAGGCCUCGCAUUAAGCCAAGGAAGGACAUUUGAACAUGUUGGGACGGUUCAGCCCAGUUUUGAGCGUAAACAGGCCAGCAGCACAUAUUGUUGUGGCUUCUUGUGCGCAAUGGAGAUGAGCAAUAGGAGCCCUAAUUAUCAGUGUUACUUGUAUUGAUAAUUCAGUCCUCAUUUGUAUGUAAAUCAAAGUGAUUUUGUGUGUUGGGUUUCUUUGAGCCGUUUUAACGCCCAAGGCCUCGACUACAAUUGGAGAAUAAAAGACUCGUGUUGUCCACAGGAGCAGGAGGAUUGUUAUAAUUUCUAUAUGACAGGUUACAUUGCACUAGAAGAAAGCUCUUGAUGUGCAUCGAGUGUGAGUUCUUCAUCUGUGUUAACAUGCAUUAACUUCCAAUGGUAAGGAAGUCACUUAUUCCUUGUUAUACAUAAGUGCAUCAAUGUGUUGGAACGUUACUACGGAAAUGCACUUGCUAUUUUUCCACUUUGCACCAAUAUUCUGUUUGUACAAGGCUAAUUUGUAUCAUGUUCAUAUAUCAAAACUGCGACUGACCUUAUCAUACUUGAUCAUAUUAAGGAAACAUUGUUUGCUCUAAACCAUGUAAUAUAUUUACAAUAUAUCACUGUAAUUUGCAGUACCAUCAGUCAUGUGCUCUGCAUGAAAUAGAAUAUCAUCAAACGUGCAUUUCUAAGUUGGCGGCACGAUUCAAUUCAGUCUAUAUGAGGUACCCUGUUGUUAUGUUGAUAAUGACCACACAAUGCUGUAAAUAAGCUGUAUGCAGUUUCUUUUUGUUAUUUCUUUAUUUCUGGUUGUUUAUCUUUUCUAUUAAAAGGGUAUUAGUAGAAA